UACUUUCCAGGCGCCAUGGCGCAUUUAUACACUGCGAAGAGGAGAAUUCGCAGCUGAGUAACAUCGGUCGACUGUAUCAUUGCGGUUUCACUAUGAAGCCCAGUUUUUGAUGAUAAUAUGGUUGAUCAAAGUGAGAAGGAUCUUUGGAGUCAUUGUGAUCAACUUAUCAGUGAUUCUUGAUUACUAGCGAAAAUAGACUAUCGUCUUUGGCUAACCUGCUAGCGUUAUAGCAAGGGGAAAAAAUCGAUAGUGGAAGUACCCGGAUUUAGAAGAUUUUACCAGUUUGUGGAAAUAUAAAGGGAUGGAUGGUCUUGAGGGAGUAGCAACUGAGAGGAUUCUGCUAGAACCUUACAAUUACCUACUGCAGCUACCAGGAAAGCAAAUACGAACUAAACUGUCCCAGGCUUUCAACCAUUGGCUUAAUGUACCUGAGGAUAAACUUCAGGUAAUCAUUGAGGUCACAGAGAUGCUUCACAACGCCAGCCUUCUGAUUGACGACAUUGAGGACAGCUCCAAGCUGCGACGUGGCUUCCCCGUGGCCCACAGCAUCUACGGUGUGCCUUCGGUCAUCAAUUCGGCCAACUACGUCUAUUUCUUGGGCCUGGAGAAGGUAUUGAUGCUGGACCACCCUGAGGCGGUGCAUGUCUUCACCCGCCAGCUUCUGGAGCUGCACCGUGGCCAGGGCAUGGACAUCCACUGGAGGGACACGUACACGUGCCCCAGUGAGGCUGAGUAUCGUGCCAUGGUGCUGCAGAAGACAGGUGGCCUUUUUGGCUUAGCAGUUGGUCUCAUGCAGCUCUUCUCCAACUGGAAGCGAGACCUGAAGCCCCUGCUGGACACUCUGGGCCUCUUCUUCCAGAUCCGUGAUGACUAUGCAAAUCUGAGCUCGCGUGAGUACAGUGCCAACAAGAGCUUCUGCGAGGACCUGACCGAAGGCAAAUUCUCCUUCCCCACCAUCCACGCCAUCUGGUCACGGCCAGAGAGCACACAAGUGCAGAACAUUCUGCGCCAGCGCACUGAGAACGUGGACAUCAAACGCUACUGCGUGGACUACCUGGAGAAAGUGGGCUCCUUUGCCUACACCAGGCAGACACUCAGGGACCUGGAGGCAGAGGCCUACAGACUGAUUGCGGAGUUAGGGGGCAACCCAGAGCUGGAGGGACUGGUAGAACAUCUCAGCCGCAUGUACAAGGAGCCGGAGGCAGCAGCUUCUACUUCAAGUUCAAACAGCCAUUUGAAGCAGUGACCAAGGACAAGUCUCACUACUGAAUUCGUAACCUUUUUCUUGUCCCUGCUGCCCAAAGUCUCCUGAAUAUAAUUGUUUGUAUUUUGUUUUGCUACACACUGACCACAAAACUUAGUAGACCAACGUUUUGUUUUGCAAGAUAACAAAGCUUUCAUUAUGAGCUUCACAGAAACUCUCACUGUAGUAAAGUUGUCUUUGCAUAGAAUUACAUUUAUUCACCACAAACCCUUUUUUCCAUGUAUGGCUUAUGUAUCACAUGGCUUAUUUGACCUUAAAGAUGCAUAUCCACUUCCAGCUACAGACUGAUAAUUCAGCUACGGUUGUUACCCUGUAACAUAGUGUUACAAAUCAAUAUAUGAGCUAGGCUUUUGGGCAUUUAUCAUAAUAUAAUUGAAUAUCAGAAGUGAAAGUGUAAGUUCUUUUGACCAUGCAAACCUCAUUGUGUCCUUGCAAAUGCACAAUACAAAAAAGGCAACAAAGCCCGAGCAAACAACAGUCAAUAGACAAAUGAAGCCUUAAUUUUCUUCAUGCGCUCUGGUCACCAGAGCUCUUUUAGGUUUAGUGAUUUAGAAUGACAAAUAUGUGUUUUUGACAAAGGUUUUAUACUGUAUGUUUGGGCAAAAACUGCAGGGAAAAUAGAAAGGGGACUGUGAAUAUCACCUGUUAGAAUCAGUGUGUGCUACUGACAUUGAGAUGUACUGUUGGGUUUGUUAGAUUUGAUCUAUUCAAUGGGGGAUGAACAAACCUGUGAAUCUUUCCCAGUGUAAGCCUGAAAUAUCAAAUUUACUUUUUGUAUUUUUUGUUUUUAUGAUGUCUACACUCCAAAGAAUAAAAUGAGAUCUACUGAU